CAUCUCUUAUUGAUCCAGUGUUACUACAGAAGGAAACCUAAACUAAACUAACUUAAUUUUGGAUGGGAAUGUUCUGUAUUUUUAAACCACCCGUUGCAGGUAAAACAUGAGUAAAAAGAGCCGAUCUCUUAUUGAGGAACCUUUGAUGUUUAAGACACGCCUUUCUACUUAUGACGGAGGAGUUGAGUCCGGGUCAGAAAGGUGAUGGCACUUCAUUCAUGCACGAACAACUGUCUACCCAAUAUGCCUAAGCACUCGAAAAGAUAUGAUAUUGUUUAUGACCUUUCAAGAGUUCUUCACUUUGAUUAAGAUUCCAACGGCAAGACAUUGUUUUCUUGCAUUUAUUGAGUGGAAAAAGAGCACCCGACACUCAAGGUAGAUACAGUUGCUGGCCACAUUUCACGACUUGGCAUAUCGAGCAACCCGUCAUAUCUCGUGUUUGCGGAAACAAAAAAUCUCUCAUCUCUUUCCCCUGACUUUUGAAAAGCAUUUUCGUUUUCUCAUCUCUGAAAAACAGUUGCAUGUUUCAACGAUUCAGAAUAUUUUUCAAAUCCUUCUGUAAGCCUGAACAGGUAGAAUGGUAUGCAGUCAACGUUUCCUUUCAUAAUUUAAGCCCACUCUUCAUGGGGGCGUUGCCGUUUUAAAGGUUUCUUAAAGUGUUUUUAAAUUUUCACGCCCCUGAAUGCAAGAGAUUUCAUCUCCAGCUGGUAUGUUGAGAUGUUCGCGAGGCCGAGAAAAGUCAAUUCAAUUAUGUCAUUUGUAUUCAUUUUUCAAAAUAUCUCCGUUUAAACUUCCUCUAUUUCACUCACGGAGAGCAACGAUUUUUGCGGCUCAAUAUAUAUUUGAUGCAGUUAAUCGCUUUAGUAGAGUCAAACCACAUAUGGUCUUUGAGGUUUUGUUGUUUAUUUACGUUUAUAAUCUCAAAUAUUUAAAUAAUUUAAGAUCCUUUUCGAAAUCCCAAAAAGGAUGUUUCUAGUAAGUUCUGCUCUGAACUUUGGUAUGCAAUCGUCGAGUUUAACAAUAAACGAGGUAUUUAGAUGAGUGCAUGAGAUAACCAGCGCUGACCGGCGUGAUGUCCCUGUUCAAGUUAAGCAAUUCCCGAGAUGAGUUUAGACCAAAAAAAAGCUUCUCGGCGUUUCGACCUAAGGGCUUUGGUCAGGAAACGUCGUAAUGAUUCCUUCAUGUAUCUUUUGGACAGAUGUCUUCUUCAUUAUCGUUUAUUGCGAGUUUCUGACUGGAUAUUGUGAGAUUGCACUAAGUGAGGGUCUAAAAUGCGUGUGUUUGCACUAAAAUUUGUCUUUGUGAAAAAGAUAUCUCAAACGUGGUGGUCCAGUUCAGGUAGUAAGUAUAUAUAAUCUGGUGAUAUCUUUUUGACAGAGUUAAUAACAGAGCGUAGGAGUAAAGCUUAGUGCAGGGUAAAUCAUCUGGCUUCAGACAGAAUGGACACUGAUCAAAGCCGUUUAUUCUGUCUGGAAUUGACCAGCGAAUAAAUUGGCUGAACUUCCAAAAAUGGCGAAUACUUCCUAUAAACAACUGGAUAAUGCCUUCAGUUGCUAAGCGAUGAAACGUCAGCGCUCUCUUUGGCCAGAAAAUUUGAUUAAUGAAAAAAUUGUUGCGCUAAUAAUCGGAUUAAGAACGAGGGCCAAAAGUCUUGCUUCUGCCUCGAGCAUUUUCCCUCUUCCGAUUAUGACGGAUUGAUGCGAGUAAUCCAGGUAAUCCAGCAUUAACUGAAGUUUAAGCAGGAAAUCCUGGAUUGCGGGAGUUGUGAGAAAUCUAAAACAACGCUGAUAGUUACAGCAUGACAGACAUCGUGUCAAAUAUAGUAACGCUUUUCGCAGUAUAUUUUCAACACACUUUUGACUAUAGACAGAUUUUUUUUGCUGGGCAGUAGCACAAUUCAACAAUUCAAGUAGUUUCUCGAGUCGCGUAGGUCGAUAUUUCAGAUCAAUUUUGCAACAGGAUCUUUUCAGUUACUUGCAUAAAACACUAGACAAGCGCUUUUUUAACAUUCUUGUGGCUUCAUGCAUCUCUGAUAAAGCUUUAAAUGCUUUCUGAAAUAUCAUUUCCGACAUAAUCUUGUUAUUUUACCCCAACUGUUCGUAUUAUUUACAGACAAGGAUUUAAACUCUCUCUACUUAUGAAGGUAAACAACUAAUCAUUAUCUUCACAAAACCUCUAGGCUCUUGGUUCUUCCGUGUUGAAAGUCGAUAAAAAAGGCUAUAAAAAAUGCAUCACUCUGCUAUCUUUUGGUCAAUUCAUGUUUAUCGUUGGUAUUGUCUCCGUAUAUACGAGCCAGAAAUAAACUGCCGGAAUUUCAAAUUCGAAAGCAUAUGCAUCUAACCAUCAAAGGCGAAUUCAGUUUGUCCUAACGGUCCAUAGUUUUCGUUAAUAGUUAUUUAAUAAGCCUCCAAACAAGGUUGAUAUCUUCACAGAUCUGAUAAAAUCUGAAGUCUUUAGUCGUUUUAAACUAUGCAAACACUUUUAAACCUAUAUGCUGGUGUACAAGUGCUUGAAUCUUUUGCAAUGGUUGUAAGAUAAAGGUUAAGAUUGGAACCAUAUAUAAGUAUUGAUUGUUGUCGCGGUGCGCGAUUGCCCUUGAAGUAGGCCAAUGAUUUCCAUAAGUAGCGCCAUUGAUCGACAUGAUCCCCGUUUAUUGUUGUUGCAAGAAGAUAACUCAAUAAUGUUUACCAAUAUGAUUUUGCUGAUAAACUUAGAUAAGUCUGACACACUUGAAAUACUUGCAUGACAACGCGCAGUCACCUUGUCGGUCUAAAGUUAUUGCAAAACUGCUUUGAUCCUAUAUCGAUCUGAUGGCAUUUGAAUGAUGGAAUAUUUGAAGGGCUUCUGAGAAGAUAUAUAGGGCAAAAUUUAUUGUGAUCAGCUACUAGACAUAACUAUUCACAUCUAAAUUAAACCAUACUCCUCCAUAAAGACAAUAUAUGCAAACCGUUAUCAUUGAUGAAUGUAGGUUGGUCAUCGUUGGACGUGGGUGAAUAUUCUUUAAUGACCAAGGAUUGUUUAGAGAUAAUACAUAAAGUCUCCUGUUUGACUGAAAUAUAUGAAAUAUUUCCGUUAAUUCGUGGGAAGCUUUAACCGUUUCCUGAGCUCAGUCAAUUUUAUUUCUGUCCUAAGUUAUUUCCAAGGAUUGAAUGCGCAAUUAAAUCGCGGCACAAAUCUUAUUCUCAAAUUUUUUUACCAAACAAGGAAGUAACAGAUCUCGUAUUGGUUGUUGUUGCUCAGUCCUGUUAAUUAAUUAAAACUCCUAAUCUUGCAUGCCAACUAUCAUUGGUAAAUAAACCCUUAAAAAAAGGUUGGGAACUAUGCAUGUUAGAAGACACUGUUGUAGACGUUUCUUUGUUUCUUUAAGACCACUCAAUGGUUGGUAUAAUUCAGGUUAAACGCUUAAAGUAUCUAAAAAAUAAAUACCGUACGGGCCGCGCUUAGCCGAGGUUUUUGAGCUUUUUAAGCACUGCUGAUAUAGCGCUGUUCUGUUUCGGAAAGUAAUCUGUGUUGCAUGUAAAGAGACUGUCUUCUUACAGCAAAUCAGAGGAAAAACAUCUCUUACUUUUACACUGGCAAACUGCUUUGGAAGAUUACAAUCAUAUUUGUAUAAGUGUCAAUUAUGAAAUUGUGGGCGAACGUUCAAUGGUUAACCAUUACUGCGUUUUCGCCAUUUUAAGAAAGGAGGUUGGAAAAAAACUCGAUUUGCGAAUGCUUCAAGACCUUGUUCUUUGGGAGAAACGCGUGUUUUUCCCUCUCAAAAAAAAACAUUUAAAAAAUGUCAACAAAACAGCAAAACAUUGGUAUUUGUGACGCUACCAGUUUGAAAUGUUGACGAAGUAAAUGAAAAGAUUAGUGGAAUUAUUGGGUUUUAUUACAGUACAUAUAUACGUAGCAUUGUUUGUAUACUUUAGUUGAUACUAGCUAAUCUUCAUGUUGACAUGCUUUAUCCAAUCAACAAGCACUGGGGUGAUACGCAAGAAUCAAUACGAAAUCAUUUCGUAUCAGGUUACCUGUAUUUGGAUCACGAACAGUCAGUAAUCUAUCACAUUGAUCAAAAUCUACCUCCUUAAAUAUAACCAUAUUUUAGUGAACUUUGGACGCUCUUUCGACGGAUAAACGAGAACGAGAUCCCAACCAGUAGGUCCGUUUGUUAUUGGACAUCAUUAUGAACGUUUUACCCCGGAGCUGGUUUGUUUUAUCGACGCGUCUUGCGUUAGCAACGAUCUUAUUGCUGCUCCUAGCAAGCUCCUUUGCUGCGCGCAAGGGACCCAGUAACGCUAAGCUCAUGAAUAGCUUCAACAGCGUAAAAAACUAUGAUCACGUAGCGAGCGAAGAAACUGCACGACAGAUGCUCAAUGUAUUAGGAAUAGACGAGCUUCCUAAGCCACGACACGGCAUCGUUCCUCACCAGUACAUGAUCGAGAUUUAUGAAAAAAUGUCGAGAAGGAAAUCGUCAAGAAAUGGCGUCAACACCAUCCGCGGUUUUGUCGAUGUUGGGGACGAUGACAGCUCACGGAGAAUGAAAUUUCAUCAGAUAUACUCGUUUAAUAUUUCCGCUCUGCCGAGCUCGGAAAAAAUCAUCUCGGCUGAUUUACGCUUGCUGCGAAUACCAACAGGUCUGGAAUGGAAGUUCGCCUGGGCCCAUGGCUUGAAGUACCACGCGAAAUUAUACUAUAAAAAGACCGUUAAACAUAUCUGGAACUCGCAAGUUUUUACACAUACGCAACUUGUGCUGGUAGACACGCUGGUCUUUGAUAUACGAGAAAGAUCGGGAGAUUGGAAGGUUUUGAAAGUGCUGGACGCUAUGCUCGCGUGGAGAAAUGAUACAAAUUUUGUGCACAACUUGGAAUUGCAAGUUGAAUCUGUGCGUACGGGGUAUUUGAUGCCAGCGCAAGCUUUUGGCUUGAUGGAGACAGGACGCACGCAUGAUAAACGAGCGCUUUUGGUUAGUUUUACAGAUGACGGAAAAGCUCCCGAGAUGGAAUCAAAGGACAGACCACAAAGGGAUAAAAUAGUGGUGGAAACAGACGAAGAAAACGGUACUAAUCGCAUAAAACGAAACACAAAAAGAAGACGGCGAAGAAAGCCUAUUUGUAAUCGAAAGAAAUUGUAUGUCGAUUUCAUACUGCUUGGAUGGUCGAAUUGGAUCUUAGCUCCCCGGGGUUAUAACGCUUAUUAUUGUCAGGGUAUGUGUAAAUAUCCAAUCGCUGAACAUUUGAAACCAACUAAUCAUGCUAUGGUACAAACUACUGUACAUUACUCUGACAGGCGUCGAGUUCCACCAGCUUGCUGUGUCCCUAAUAAACUGUCAGGGCUGGGUAUGCUUUUCCUAGAUAAAGGGGACAGUGUGGUAUAUAAAGUGUAUAACGAUAUGGUUGUCGAGCGCUGUGGUUGUAAAUGAGCGCCUGUGUACUCAAUCUCAUACGUAGAGAACAGCAACAAGGCGGUCGCUAAACGCCCGCAUAACAAAGCAAGCCAAGAACGUUUAUACAAGUGCUAAUGGGAGACGCAUGGAGACAUGUAGCCUUUUAAGACCUGGGAGCAGACAGUCGUAGUGUUAAAAUGAUGCCGUUUCGUAGACUAUCUGUCUUUCAUCUGCAUCCUGUCGGCCAAAAAACAAACAUAUAAACUAUUGAGGCAAUGAAUUUUACAGAAUUAUGGAGACUAUUCGCUUGUAUCGGAUAUAGCGUUAAUAACAGUAAGGUCUGAUUAUAUGUGUUUGUGUGAAUAUGCUGAUAAAUUAGCUCGAAGCAUUUUAUACUAUUAGUGUUCGAUAAUAAACGGUUUGUGUCAAAAAUGUCUAAAGGUAAUCGAGAGUUCGUAUCUAUACGCGCUGUCACGAUAACUCAAUUAUUACCGACACAGGAAAACAACAUUGCGAAACUGAUUAAUUUUCAAACUCGUAAAUUUUUUGCAUAAAUUGCGUGCAAAGUACAUCCCAUUGCCGCGUAAUCCCAUUACGGCGUUAUAUAUAUUUGCCGUGAUAUUUCCGAGGCCGUCAAACGUUAGGGAAAUUUAGUAAAGGUGUUCGUAUUAGCCACGAAUGUGCUGGAGGUAUUUACAAGAUACUCAAUCUUGCUUCACUGAUUAUCAACAAAAUAUGAGGCCUAUACUUUGGGUCAUAUCCUGUAGAGUCGUUGAAAUAAUCUGUUGCAUUUGUUCGGGCAGUUUUAAGUCAAUUUUCUUCGUCCUGUUUCGAGCUUUUUAUCGGCAUGUUUCAAAUACAUUAUCAACCUUCAAAAGUCAGGGGGAAAAUAAACCAAUGGUACAACUGAUGUAAGACUUUCUGUAUAUGUAAAUACUUAAUAUAUAAAAGUACGCACUAUUUAUUAGUAGAACAAAUAAGCAUUAAACUAAUGUCAAAAACUCAUUAAAAUAAUGGUAUACA